UACUAUAUUGUCUGUGAUAUGAUCGGAAUAACAAGCUGAUCUUUGGCAGUUUUCAUGGAUGUUUGUUUUAUUGUGAGACAACGUGGAUUAUGUUUGGUUAUGUAGUGUUUAUGUGAGACAAAUUAUGGCUGGUUCUUUUGUUACGUUGCUGGGUGAAGACGUCGUGAGAAGUGUAAGCCAACAGGAAGAUCCAGUUGCUCGACAAAGAGCGUACGUUUAUCUCGAAGAAUUAAAAAACUCGGAAUGGGGAUGGCAAAUGUGUUUGAACGCGUUGGGAAGUGAAGCGAAUCAAGAUAAUUAUUUGCAAUUUUUUGGGUUUCAAAUCGUAGAACAUUAUGUUAAAACACGUUACGAUUCAGCUGGUCCUUCUGAACAGCAACAGGUCAGACAAUUCUUCAGACAGUGGAUAGAACUCAGAUGUAUGCCCCAAGCACAGACGGAGCCACCUUUUAUUUUAAACAAAGCCGCUCAGAUAUUUUCCAUGAUAUUUGUACGUGAUUAUCCACAUAGAUGGCCUAAUUUCUUUGAUGACUUGAUUGCAACGUUGAACCUUGGACAUCAAGCUGUUGACAAUUAUUUGAGAGUGUUGAAAGCUAUCGACGUGGAUGUUGCAGAUAGGGAAGUACUGCGGACACAGGCAGAAUCAGAAAGGAACGCAAAAAUAAAGGACACAAUGAGAGUUUCAUGCAUUCCAAAAUUGGUGGACACAUGGUUUCAGAUCCUGAAAACAUAUGAAAUAAGUCAUCCGGAUAUCGUUGUUCAGUGUUUAGAAGUUUUGGGUGCCUAUGUUUCUUGGAUUGAUAUUACCCUGGUAGCCAAUGAUCAUUUUAUAAAUCAGAUAAUACACUUGACAUCUUCCGUCGUUGCUCGUGAGGCAGCUGUGGAUUGUCUAUAUUACAUUAUUGCUAAAGGAAUGGAUCCUCUUGAAAAGUUGAGGUUGGUGGAGUCACUGUUCUCAAUCUUGGAAAAGCAGGGUAUUUUAACUCCUCUUAAGGAAGAUGAAACAGAUUACACAAGUAAAAUUGGUCGUUUGAUAAAUGGCAUAGGCAUUACAUUGAUGGAAGGAUACAACAAGCUCCUAAAAGAAGGUGCUGCAGAACAGGCAAAGCUUCUGCAGUGUGCAGUUGAGGGAAAAGUUCGAUACAUGUUAGAAUUUCUUAAGAAUGAUUAUGAUGAAGUAUCUGCAGCUGUAUUUGAAUUCAGCAGGGAAUAUAUACAUAUGUUGAAAGGUAAAUUAAUUACGGCUGAACAACUACAAGUCUUGGAAACCAUGUUGUUGACAAUCGCCCAUAAAAUGAAGUUUGAUGAGUCAUAUGACUUUGAAACCGAUGGCGAAGAUGAGGCGACAUUUCAAGAUUAUAGGAAGCAGCUGAAAGUUCUCUUGGAAAACAUUGCUGGUGUUAAUAAAGAACUAGUAAUUGAUUUUGUCAAGAAGUAUGUAGACCAUGUUGUUUGGCAUUGGCAGGAAUCUAGUUUCCAAGAUGUGGAAGUUGCUAUAUCAUUAUUUUACUUUAUUGGGGAAGCCAUUCCUGCAGUGGGAGGAAAUCAUUUUUCUGGUGAUCAAGCCAAAGUGUCAGCUAUGCAUGCUAUGAUGACUUCCCUUGUGACAAGUGGUGUCAGCUCCCAUCCACACCCAGCAGUUACGCUCCAGUAUUUGGAGACUGUUGUUAGAUAUGACAAAUUUUUUAUAACGUCUCCUGAACAUCUUCCAGAUCUGUUUUUGACAUUCCUGGACUGCAGAGGCAUGAGAAAUAAGAGUAGCAAAAUUCGGAGCCGUUCAGCAUAUUUAUUUUCAAGGCUUGUUAAAAGUCUUAAGUCUAGCAUUACGUCUCCGCUUGCAACAAGUGUCCUGCAGUCAUUACAGGACUAUCUUCUCAUCCCAAUACCUGGAAGUGGCAUCUCUCAAGAAUGGGUCAGUGAAGAUGAUCAGCUGUUUUUGUAUGAAGCAACAUCAGUUUUGAUAGUAUCAGCUGACUACCCUUCAGAACAGAAGGCUCUCGCAUUCCAGGAGGUGUUGUUUCCAAUACUUGAGAAAUACAACAGCAUGGUGGCAGAAUUGAUGAAGGAGAGAGAUGAACAACGGCAAGAAGUAAUUGCUAAAUGUAUGUGUCAUUCAAUGGCUGUGACAAGUCGUAUGAGCAAAGCUUUUAGUAGUAAACAAACUAUGAAAUCUUGCAAUUGUGUAGAUGUAUUUGUACAAGCUUUAAAGGUGUUCCUUGGGUGCUUAUUGAUUCCGAAUCAAGCAGCGGUGUUACACAGCAGUGUCCGUCAAUUCUUGCAUAGAAUGGUGGUUUGUUUGGAAGACGAAAUACUACCAUUUGUUCCACAGGCUUCUGAAGGAUUGUUGAAACAAAGUGACAUCACAAGUGUAAAAGAGUAUGUCCCCCUUAUUGUGCAGAUUAUAGCAAAAUUCAAGAAAAACAUAUUACCAUUCUUGCAACAGGCACUUGUACCGAUAGUAAAUGCUGUGUUUUCUUGUCUUUCAAUUCCUGUGGAAGAAAAUGAUGAAGAGGCAAAGCGAGAAAAGCAGUUGUUAAGGAGAAGUUAUUUUCAGUUGAUUGCAGCAAUCUUUCAAAGUAAUGUCACAGAAGUGUUUAGUUUCCUGGAAAGUACAUUUGUUGAGCAGGUACUCAUGAGUGUCAUCCAGGGUGCGGUGGAUUUUCCAGACCCUGUGGCGCAAAAGACAUGUUUCUCAAUACUGAAGAAACUAGUUGAACUUGCGGGAGGCAAAGAGUUACCUGGUGACUUUAAUGACUUUAUAUUUAAAAACAUAGUUCCUGCAUGUAUUUUGGCACCAUUGAGAAACACUUUCGAUUUAUCUGAUGCCCAGACGGUUGUAGCACUAGCAGAAAGUGCAUCAUGUUUGAAAGCUGUUCUAGACAAGAGAGGUGAUGAAUUGGUAAAGUAUUUGCAAAAUGAAUAUCUUCCGUCUCUUCAGAUACCGCCGCAGUUUGCAGAGGAAUACUGCUGUGCCUUAAAGUCUGACAUGAAAACUUUCAAAGACUAUGUUAAGUCAUUUUCAUUGAAACUUAGAACGUGACACUUGUACUGUAGUAUAGUUCUGUUAACUGUUUCCAUCAAUUUUCUGAGAAGCUGUGAUGUAUGUUAGCAGUUGCAUUUAUCUGUGCCUUUAGAUAUAUAGACAAUCUGCUGAAUAAUUUCAUUAAGUCCAGCAAGAGAAAAUUAAAUAUUGAACUGUGUAUGCCUUUUAUUUAGUCAGUAAUUUUUUUUUCAAUUGACAGUUAUUGCUACAUAACAGAUAAUCACAUUUGUAAAUGGGAAUAUAUAUAUACUGGUAUACGUGCUUCCUUGUUUUUGACAGCUGCUAGUUAAAUUUAUUUUUAAAAAAAUAUCUGUUGAGGUAAGGCCAUGUAGGAAAAUAUUGGUUAAAAUAUUUUUAUGUACAUUUUACUUUUAUAUUGCAUGUAUCUGAGCAUUGUGAAGGAAAUUUAAUUUUGACUGACAGAAGUAAUUUAUUCCUAUUAAUUGUUUGCACAAUAUCUUUGUGCAACUGGUUGUAUAAGGAGAGCAGCAGAAUACUGACCAUAGGCACUUAACGUGUGAUACACAGAUUAUAAGUUGCUUUUUUUAUAUAUAGAAAUAGUAUACUGGAGUAUAUAUUAUGGUGCGCAAUCAUUGUAUGAAAUACAAAUUGUUGUUAUCUGUUAGGUAUUUAAGAUUUGUGAGAUAUGAAUGAAAAGAGAACAGGAUAUAGGUACUCAUCUGUAGUAAAAAUUUGUUAAGUGUGGACAUUCGUCUGCAUUAUUGACUGCCUUUUAAAUAUCAACAUAUUAUGGGCACUCUUCUAUAUUUAUUUUUGUUACUAUUGUUUUUGUUCAUUGCGUCAACAAGUUUUGUUUAGUAUCUCAUAUUCGUUCAUUUGUCACAGCAAAUGAAAAAUGCAUGUUUCUUCUGACUUAUUAUGGGUAGCAACGGAGAUGUAUGGCCUUGUGUGCAGCAGGCUUGCACACAUACUGUCUGCCCCCCCCCCCCCCCCCAUACACACACACUUUUAAGUGGUAAUGUUACAUUUGUAAGCAUAUCUUUAACAUCUAAAUCUUGACAAAAACCUUAUUACGCACACAGUUGUUAUAGAGAACUACUGAGCUGUGUUAUUUAAUACAACUCAGAGUCAAAGGCAACAUUUCUAUGCCCUUUGUUAAUUAUUUUCUAAAUGCCGUGAUAUUUUUACCCUAGGAAAAUUAUAAACUGUACAUCUUACGUGUACAUAUUGUACAGAUAACUUAGUUUUCAGUAAAAAUUAUAUCAGUUUCUCAUAGUGAUGCUCUUAGGCCAAAUGAAGUGUAUUUGUCACCAGUUUUUGUGUAUCAGCACCUAAACGCUACCAGUUUGUACUUGGGUUGGUGACUGAAUUAGGUAGACAGAUAUUGAUAUUUUGUUUCAGUGAUUUAAAACUGCCUGAAAAGAUAACUUAUUCACAGCUGACAAGUGACAAAUUGCAGUAAUGAUUCUAGUGUAGGGAAAUGUAUCAUAGGAAAUUGUCGUACUCGAUGUUAAGUAGCAACUAAUCCAAUAUCAUGGUUGAAGAGAGACACACAAGACAGGAUGACAGGAAAAUGAACAGUGGAGACUUCAGAUAUUGAGAAUUGAGAUGUGGUAAGAAAGAUGGUUGCUAAAAUCGGAAAUAGGGGGAGGGCAUAUUGGGACUGAAAGCCCAUUUAAAAAAGAGAAUGAUUUUUAUUUUAAUUUUAAAAAUUUACUAUAUGCCUAUUGCUGUUGCUUGUUAUUGUUUCUUCUCAGCUGUUUGCAAUAGAUUUCAUUCAGUAUGGCUAAGAAAUAUUAGCAUACUUGACAUUUGAUGGUGCUAUGCUACAUAAUGUGAAUAAUUUCUUACUACUGUUUCUUGUAUAGAAAUUGUUAGAACCCAUCUGAAGAAUAAUUCUGCUGUGGAAACUAAUUGUACAAGAUGCGGGAAGUGGGAAAAGGGGGUUCGUUGUCUCACACCAAGAAUGGUAGUCUGUGUUUAUUGCUUGCAUCACUUUAAUAUUCCAGAAUUAAUGAAUAAAAGCUGAGAAGUUGUGCAGUGUUCUGUUAGAAAGAUUUUUGGAAAGUAAUGCUUUGGCAGUAGCAAGCGUACAUUACUUAUGCUGUUGUUUUACCAAUGUUUAAUGAAUGUAUUUACAGUUUGCCAUCGUGUGACAGUCGUGUAAUUCCUUUGUCAACAAACACUAUUACCCUAAUUGCUCAUGGGUAGAUACAUGUCGUAGAUUUGUGAUUAAUGUAUCCACAUGGUACAUUUUUGAGUUCAGUAUAAGUGUGUAUUGGUUCAUUCAGCAAAUGUAGUAAAUUGAAGAAGUGCAUAUUAAUAAUGCCACAGUGCUUGUCUAAAAUAAUCCCUCACAAAAAAGUAAUGUAAGAAUGUGUAGGAGGCACUGGCUAAUUCACAACCAUUUUAUAAAAACGCCAUUCAACCUACUGCCUCGUUAUCCAAGGGAGAGGGAUUUUUGUGAAUAAGGCAAAACACACAAUGUGUUCAUUGAUGUUAACGCAAAUAAUUUAUACAUAUUCUGUAAACGUGACUCGUUCCACAUCAUUUCGAUAAAAUAAUCAUUUAAAUGAUCUCUGGAACAUGUAACUAUCUAAAUGGGUUUCAGACUGUGACCUGUUCCUGUCUUGGUGCCUUCUUCUAACUAUAUAUGAUUAGGAAAAUAGUGGGAAAUGUGAUGGUAAAUUGAAAACCAGAAAUUAAAUUACAAAAUGUACAGCUGGAAAUUGAUCAAACAAUCUAGAGAUAGGCAGAUAACACUUAGAUAAAAAGAGUCAUUUAAACCCUGUUCCAAUAGAGGGCAAUCUAGAGUUAGGCAUAUAACAUUUAUAUAAAAGAAGAGCCAUUAAAACUCUGUUUCAAUAGAGAAUUUUGUGUAAUAUUUGACCUGUAAAACUAUCAUGUAACCAAGGCUAUUGUUAUUAUUGAGAUAUGAUUAUCAUAUCAUAUUUUUAGAAAUAAAGUAGUUCUUCCAUAGCACUAAAGAAAUAUAUCUUGUUUUCUUUUUUAGGAAUUUUGUUUAAUUAAUAUUGAGUUAUUUUUGGCCAACAUUGUAGUGCUCAUAGUUUCUAUCAUUUGUCAUAUUUAAAUGGGUACACUUUGUUCUUAUGAAUUAUUUUUGUAAUUUUAAUCUUCCAACUAAUUUUGUCACAAAUUUCACAUAAUAAAAUUUCAUAUGCUAUGUUUUCUGUCUGCUCUUGUAUUGCUUCAAAUCAAAGUACUGACAGAUUACAUAAACUCAGUAUCGCUGAUAGGAAAGGUAAUUAGAAUGGGGUUUUAUCUUUCAUGUGAAUGUUCAACUAGUAGACUGUGCUAAUCGUUUAGGAAUGCUAUGUACAGAUGUUUGUUGAUAGUCUUGGCUACAUGCUCACAUUAUUAGUCUUUAAAGUUAUGAUCAUUUUUUGAGUUUUUGUCAGUUGUUACAAUAUGUAGCUUUGUCUGUUGCAUUUUGUACAUUGCGCUAUCUGUAGAAGUCAGAGUAUCGUAUUGGGUCGUAUUAAGAAUGAUGGAAAAACUGCUAGUACGGUAUCUUCCAGUAGCUAAAUAUAAUUUGCACUGGUCUUUGUAAAACAUUAGUUAUUGUGUUGCAAUUGUUAAGUGUUGUUUGUUAUUCUUAGACAUUGUAUGUUCACCUUUGCUGUUGAAAUAUUUAGUUUAUAAUUUUAUCCUAGUCUUCUAUAAACAUUUUUAUUUUAUAAAACUUUACAGUACAUGGUCUAAAAUUACUCAGUAAAAAUUUUAAUUUGUCAUGAUAACAAAUUAAAAUUUGCGUUACUGAUUUCACUUGUUUACAUGACCAUCUUCAGAUUGUAAAAACUUGGUUAGCAGGUAACAGAUUUUAUGCAGUGUAUAAACAUUUGGUGACAUAUUUAUUUUUGUUUAUUUUUUAUUCACCUAAUGGUUAUAUCAUCAAGAUACAGGAUUUGACAUGAUAAUACAAUGCAAAUCAGUAGGCCAAAAUAUACCGCACACAGCAAAUAUAAUGUGCUUUAUAAUGAUAGGAUAGGUAGCCAAUGGGAAUAGUACAGGUGGUCGGCCAUGGCCUUGAUUAACCAUUCUAACAUUUGCCUUAGUGUUUCAGGAAAACCACAAUUAACCUAAAUCAGGAUAGCUGGGCAGAGCAACUCCAACCUCUUGAAUAUGAUGUCAGUGUCCUAACCACUGCACUGCCUCACUUAAUAAGUCCAUGUUGUAUAAUGUUCCAUAAUUUACACUAUUUGUUUCAGGUAACUUGCAAAUAAAAAGUAGUUUCGUUGUUCAUUGCUGCACACACUGAGGACAACCACUUAUGACUCCUGGAUGUUUCUGGGUGCUUGGCUAUGUAAAACAUAGUUCUGCUGUCCACUGCUGCCGUCACUGAAACACCCACCAAUGACUCCUAUACUGCAAAGAUGCUGCUGUGCCACUUCAUCAACUCCAGACCCCAUAUUUAACUAUGCGCCACUGUCCACCUGAAAAACUUAGCAAAAGGACAUUACUUCGUGAUUUUUACAUCUUGACACAUGAUUUCAUUGUGAAACGUUAUUCAUGUAUUGAAAUAUGAUGAGUGUCUGUAGUUAUUCCCUUACAUUACAAUCCACUACUCUUGAGUCCUCUAAGUAAUCUUUAAUUGCGUAAUAUGCAUUAGGCUACUCUUGAACAUUUUAGCUGCCUUUUUAAAUAGCUGUAUUUAGUAAUAUUUUUCAUGUCAUUUGGCAAUUUAUUAUACAGUUUUAUUCCAUGAUUUGGAAUACUUUGGGUUUCUUUUUACAUCUCCACCACAGAUUAGCAGAUGUUCUCACUUGGUGCAGUGUGAUAAGAUUGCCUAGUUUUUGUUCUCACUUGGUGCAGUGUGAUAAGAUUGCCUAAUUUUUUAAAUUGAUCUUUACAAUGUGCUCAACUUCUAUUUCCAAUUAUUAUUCUUAUGCCCCUUUCCUGCAGUUUGUGAACAGUGUCCUUGUUUUGCACCUUUGGUCUCCAGAAAAGAAUCUUACAGCUAAGGACUGAGUGUAUGUAGGCAUACUAUAUCACAACAAAAAUUGGCUGUUACAAACUGUUGCUAAUACCCUAAGCUUGUAAUGUGCUGAUACAUUCAUUUUGCUUGUAUCUUUGUAUGUUCAUUCCAUGUUAGCUGGCAAUCAAUGUUCAUCCCUAAAAACUUUGUGUCUUCUUCACAGUCUGCAGAUUUAUCAUCCAUGCAGAAAGUGCUAGUGUUGCUUCCUCUCUUUAUGCUGAAGUGCAUACUGUUCAUUUUUUUAUUUUCAUUGUUAAUUUAUUAAAUAUUGAUCAAUUGUAAAUAUCCUUAUAGUUUCAUUUCCUUUCUGUAAUAGAAGUUCAAAUGUUUUCUCUGGGACUGUGAUGUGUUGCUCUCACUGGCGAAGAGAACUUUUUCUCUCUGUUUCACAUUGUCUGAAAAGUGAUUUUUAUAUAUAUUGAGAACAGAAUUAGAUGCAAUUCACUACCCCGAGGAACACUAUGUUUGUGUUUCUCGUCUGAAAAUUGUUCUACUAAAAAUUUAUCAUCAGCAGACAGAUGAACAAUGUCCACCUUUUGCACCCUGUUUUCCAAGUAAGACUAAAACCACUCAUUUGCUGUUCCUCUUAUACCUAGUGUGUCUAGUUUGCUCAAUAGUAUUUUAUGGUCAACAGUUCAAAAGCCUUGAACAAGUGUAUCCAGAGCCUUAAGUUUAACUUUUUGAAAUCUGCAAUGGCCAAUACUGUACUUCUUCCACUUCUGAAACCAAACUGUGCUUCCUUGAGGUAAUGUUUAUUCCUGUAACUUGUCAGUCUAUCUUUCAUGACUGUUUCUGUUAUUUUUGAGAAUGAAGACAGCAGUGAAUCUGACUCGUUGUUUUCAUUACCUUUCUUUAGUAAGGAAACCACUCGUGCAUGAUUUAGGUACUCUGACCAAACACCUGAACUAAAGGACUCCAUUAUUAUGUUUGCUAAUGGGGUUGUAUUUUUUUCUGUGCACGCCUUCAAAACAGAGACAGGAAUCUCAUCUAUGCCUUCUGACUUCUUGUUUUCUAAUUGUUGUACUGACUUCCUAGCUUCAAACUCUGUUGUGAGAAACAUCAUUACUGUGCUUGCCGUAUAAAUAAAUCAUUGUGGGUGCUACAUCUGUUUUAAGAAGAUUUUGCUUCUUCACAGUACCACAGAAAUAAUCAUUCACAAAAUUUCCUAAUUCCAAAGGACUUUCUGGUAUUUCUUUCCCCAUCUUUACUUGUAUGUUGUUACACUAUUGUCUGCCUUUUCCAAUCUCUUGUUUUCUAACAUCCCACACCACUUUCCUUUUUUUGCCAUAUACUAUAUUAUUUUGUCAUUGAAUAAUUUUUUGCUGCAAACGGUACCCUUCUCUCCAUUUUUUAUAUCUAUGAUAAUACUCAAGGACUGUGGAGUAGUGCAGUGCUUUUGCAAAGAACUGAGAAAUUUAAGUGUCUGUGAGGAUUUUCUAAUACCCACAGUUAUCUGCCUGUUUUUCAUAGCUACUGCAGUAGAAACGGCUCAUCAAAACUUAUUUUAAGCAAUGUGUAGAAUUUAGAGAACUUAGAAUCUACAUUGCUUUCCAUGUACACUUCAUCCCAGGUUUGAUUUGCCAAUGGCCUAGAAAAUGUAUGUAUCUUAUAAUCUUAGAAAAUCCUUGUUUUUAGGUUUGCAGUUUUGUAGGUUUCACUGAAUAAAUAUCUAACAGUAAUGGUCUGAAAUGCCAAGAUCUCUUAUAAAUAUUUUACAGUAUUACGUGUUACUAUCUGUGAACACAUGGACUAAAAUUGAAGCUGAGAUUUUUGAAUCCCUUGUAGCAUUGUUUACCAUUUAUAUAAAGCUAAAAAGGUUCAAAAAUGUUUAGGAAGUUAUUGCUAAUUUUACUUUUAACACUUAUGUUAAUAUGUCUCCACAUAUUAUUGCCGGCCGCAGUGGUCGUGCGGUUCUAGGCACUUCAGUCCGGAACCGCGGGACUGCUACGGUCACAGGUUCGAAUCUUGCCUUGGGCAUGGAUGUGUGUGAUGUCCUUAGGUUAGGUAGGUUUACGUAGUUCUAAGUUCUAGGGGCUGAUGACCUAAGAUGUUAGGUCCCAUAGUGCUCAGAGCCAUUUGAAGCCAUUUUCCACAUAUUAUUAUGUUAGUUUUAGGGGUUGAGACACUUUCCUGGACUUAAUUUGUUAAUAAAGCGACUACAUCAAUGUAUACACACAGAAUGAUUAACUUCUUAUAGACACCUAGCUUUCUUACUUCAGUGGCUGCUAGUUCAAAAUGUUUAUCUACAUCAAUUGUGGUCAGAUCUCUAGCUUGAAAAGGUGUGCUACUACUGACAUAGGUACAUGAUCUUCCCACCCUGUAAGAUAGACCUAAAAUAACAACUUCAACAUUCUUAUGAUGACAGCUCCAUAUGCUGCAGUUCAUCGUCUCUACACCAGUGCUGUGUAAUGCAUACUACCAUGCUGCUAAAGACCUAGCAUGUGUAUAUACGGCUUAAAACAUGUUACGUGCUACAUCCUAAUUGUCUAUGAGUUGAAGAUGAUUAUGUCAACAAUUGAAAGUGGUAAUCCAGUUACAAUUUGUGAUUAAGGUAAAUAAUGAUUUUUAUUGAACUUUGUAAUUGAGGGUAUCCAGAUCGACAAUCUGCAUUUUCUGAAAAGUUUCUAUGCUAAAAAGUCUUUGAGAAAAAUGUUGGGUUUGUACUUUACUAUAAUUGUAUUUUUCUGUUAUGAAAUGUGUCUUCCUUGUGUUGAAUGAAUGUAUCAUCACAUAUUAUUACUUUCUUAGUAUUGUGCUUUAUUUUGAUUCAGAAUUACAAAUUAAUACAUGUUUUACUGUAAAUACUGUAUUGAACAAAAUGUGUAAUGUGACUUGCCGUGGCGCCAUUAUAAGUGACAAAUUGCAUGAAGCAAAGUAGAUAUAUAUGUAUUAUAUGUAAAUGCAUUUUGUAAAUAUUGUACAUAAUAACAAUUCAUAUAGCUGUUCAUGUGGAUCAGAAAGAGGCUCUGCAUUGUGUAGCGAUUAUAAAAACUUUCCAUUUUUUCUAGUAUUAAUGGAGGCACGGAAGCUAUUCCUUACUAUUUAAUUAGGAAGGAUAUUUUGUAUGUAUGAUAGCAUACAAGACUGGCUCUAACAUUUUAUCAGUGAUGAUGAGAAUCACUUCUGACAUAAAAAGAAGUGAAAUAUUGGAAUGAACAAAAAUUGUGUUUCUAAAAGGUGAAAUUGAGUAUAUCCUUUCACUGCUAAGUGUGAAAUAACUUCUGUGCCAGAGAGAGAGAGAGAGAGAAAGGGGGGGGGGGGGCUGAUCUACACUUUGUGGAAUUGAAAAUCUUCCGAAGACUGAAUUUUGAAUAUUGUAUCACUGACAUAAUUAUUGGAUGAAUUGUAAUUCAGGCAGUCACAUAUUUGGUUUAUAUUUCUAAUUUUUUGUGCCAUGUUUUAAAAUGUCAAUUGCCAAUAUUAGUCAUUUGAUUUGAAUAUACUUAGAUAAUUUCUCCAUUCUUAGUGAAUUAAACUCUAAAUGUUUCAUUGUGCAUUUAUUAUGCUCAUCCAAAGACAGUACAAUUUGAAAAUGGUGGAAUGUUGAGCUGUUUCUGUGUGGAAUCUACCUGUAAACAUAGAGUAAAAUAAGCAGAAGGCAUCAGAUCCAUACUGGUUUAAAAACUCACUCCGCCGUGUACUGGAAGAGUUGAGUUUGUUAAUUAAGAUGUUAUUGUGUAAAUCUUUUAUAUAUUGCUUAGUGCAGCUUAUCGAAACCAUCACAGAACUUGGCAUCACUAGCGUUUGCCAACUCAUGACGAAACACUGCUCUUUUAUUCUGCAUCAUUAUUUAACAUCUUUUCCUUUACCCUUGUUUGCAUUUACUGCUACAUCACUUCUUAUUUGUUUAUUGUUGCCAGUGUUGUGCAUAUACUUUCAGCUUUAAAAAUCCAGUGGCUCUCUCUCUCUCUCUCUCUCUCUCUCUCUCUCUCUCUCUCUCUCUCUCUCUCUCUUUUUCUCUUUCUCUCUCUCUCGCUCUCCCUCCUCCCCUCCCCAUCCCUCCCCCCCCCUUUCUCUAACCCCUGCCCCUUCCCUCCCUCCCGACCUCUCCUCCUCCUCCUCCUCCUCCUCCUCCUCCUCCUACCAUUACUUCACACCCCUUCUCACCCAUCUCCCCACACUGUCAACUACGUUCACUCAUCACCAGCUAAUAUAUAAUUGUGUUGUAGCAUUUGGAGAAUCUCAAUGUAAGUGAAAUUUAUUGUUCAAAAUGUGAUGUAUUUUUAUUCUGUCCACUAGAGCUGUAAUCCAUACUGGUGUAUCACGGUACUGGUGUGUCAUGAGUUACAGCCUUUCGUGAACAUCUUAUAGUUGAUAAAUAGUGUGAAGACUUCAUUUCUAUAUUUCAAUUUCAGUGAUUCUUCAUGAGUAUUUUUUGUCUACCCAAAUGUUAUGAUCUUCCCUACAAAGUCCUAUACAUGCUGUUAAAAUCCUUUAAGUGUAUUUCUUCAGCCCUUUGUGUUUGUUGGAAAGUUUUAAAGAUGUACCUGGUUUGAGUGUCUACUGUUUAAUUCUAGAAGUUGUGGGUUAGCCAUACAUGAUUUUUGUUUAGUGAAGUGAUGUUUGUCAUGAUGCCUCUGUAGUUGUGAUAAAAUAAAUGUACCAGAGGUUUAAUUAUGAAUGAUGGAGUUGUGUGAACAAAUUAAUUUGUUACUAUUGUGAUAAAGGAGUUUUGCAUUUACAGUGGAAGGUAAAAUUCAGUACCACUCAUCUUAAGUAGCUAUGAUCACUGAAUAGAAACCUUCAGUAUUUCAUGACAGUUUUUAUUGGGUAUGGCAACCAGCAGUUCCUGCAUUUGUAUAUGCUGAUUCUAGGCUUUGUGUUGUUAUCACAAAUUGUUUUGUAUUCUUUAAUGUUUUAUUAUGAAAACUACAGUACUCCAUGUCUGGUAUUGGUACAUUUUGGAUAAACCAUACAUUUAUCAGAAAGGCUCCAAAAUUUUGAGAUUUGUGUUUCUAGAGUGCAUUUAAAUUUUUUAAAGAUGUAUAGUCUGUAUACAUCACUUAUCUAAGGCCGGGGAUGCGUUACCUACAAUGUUACAUAUGUGGCAGAUAUUCUGUUCCAGAAUGUGAAAACUGCCUGUUCUGAAAGCUAUUGUUACAUCUGUUAAAAUUGUUGAUAAUAAACUUCUAAUUGAAA